UACGUCGUCGUUCUUGGGUAAGGUAAGGGCGAGAGAGUCCAGUGAGUGUUAGCGGUUCUGGUUCUGGAAAUUGAUCGAGUCGAAAAGAACCCUAACAAUAACAUGGAUUCUCAGGUUGCCGUAGCUCUUGCUCUUUCACUUGUUGGUGGUGUCAGCACUUCUAUCGGUGCACUUUUUGUAAUUGUUAAUAAAGCUCCCAGUUUGAAGAUGCUUGGGCUAUUACAGGGUUUUGCUGCUGGUUUGAUGCUUAGCAUAUCGUUCUUUGAUUUGGCUCACAAUGCUUUGAACUCAUUGGGCUUCUUGAAAGGCAACCUUUGGUUUUUUGCUGGGGUAAUAUUCUUUGCUGUUGUUGCCAGUUUUAUCCCAGAGCCAACACUUACACCCACUUCUGAUGUGAAGGGCAGAAAGAAAAAUGGGGAUGAAGGAGGCAAGGAUAUUAUGAAAAAGCAUCGCCGGCAAGUUUUGUUCAGUGGAAUUGUUACAGCCGUAGGCAUAAGUUUGCACAAUUUUCCAGAAGGAAUGGCGGUGUUCCUUGGAUCCUUAAAGGGCCUCCGUGUUGGCAUCAACUUAGCAUUAGCCAUUGCUCUGCACAAUAUCCCAGAGGGUGUUGCUGUUGCACUUCCUGUUUAUUUUGCGACACAAAGUAAAUGGCAGGCAUUCAAAUUAGCAUCACUUUCUGGCUUUGCUGAACCCCUGGGAGUUAUAAUUGUAGCCUAUCUAUUCCCUAGCAGCUUAAGUCCUGAGAUUCUGGAAGGUUUACUUGGAUCAGUUGGUGGAGUUAUGGCUUUUCUGACCCUUCAUGAAAUGCUUCCAUUGGCUUUUGAUUAUGCGGGACAGAAGCAAUCUGUGAAGGCUGUCUUUUUGGGGAUGGCUUUCAUGUCUGCAAGCCUGUAUUUUCUAAGUAUCAGCUUACCUGAGGACUUAAGCUUGUAGGUGGGAACAACCUCUUCUCUUCUCUAAAUGUCAUGAAUUUCAGUCACAUUGUGAUGUGUUUCCUGAUUCUAUCACCUAUCGCAGCAAAGUUCCUUCAGAAGGGGUCUCACAGAGUGUCCAAGGACAAUAAUGCACCACCAUGUGUUUAGGAUAGCUAUCAAUCAGACAUCAAUUUUAGGGAUGCAUUCCACCUAUGAUUGUGGUUCCCCUAUAGACUAAUGUACAAAAAAAAAAAAAAAAAAAAAAGAAUAAGAGUACAGCCCCUUUAAUUCUUUUACUGACCCACCUUGUAUACUGUAUCAUCAACGAUGAUUGGACUUUAAAUUGCGCAAUUUGCAGAUAAUGUGUUGUGUUAA